GAUUCAAUAUUCGGAUUUUCCGAUGGAACUAUUUGGCUCUUAGCAAUUAACACAAUAGUAUCAUCAAAAAUAUGGAAAUGGAAUCCUAAAAGGAGAAAAUUUACCAAAUACAUAAGAAUGUGA